CAGGGACUCUGAGGCUCUUCUCAAAGUGUAACCCAAAUCUCUCCUCCCUCUGCUCUUUUUCCAGCUCAUCGUAAGUGGAGAACUCUGAACAGGAGAACUCAGGAACUGGAACAAGGCCCCUGUCCCAGCCUUCCUUACUGUGUGCUCCACUGGCCUGCCUGCUUCUCUCUCUCUCUCUCUCCCCCUCUCUCCUUCUCCCUCUGUCACUCUCUUCCUCUCCCUCUCCCUGCAGUGCUCUCACUGCAGCUCUGCGAGGAAAGACAAUGAGUCAACCUCUGGUAAGCUACUUACUCUCAAAGUUCUAUUCCGAUUAUCCUCCGCCAAACUUUAUAAGCCCUACAAUGAAAGUCGACAGGUUUCUGGGAACAUGUAAUAGGGAAGUUCGCUUUGGGGCUGUACGAAUACACCAAGGUGCAGGUUUCAGGUGGAUCCCCGCGGGGCCUAUGACAUGAGUUUGCCUGAGGGGAAUUUGUCCUUUGAGGAUGUGACUAUCAGCUUCACCUGGGAGGAGUGGCAGAAGCUGGAUGACUCCCAGAGGGCCCUGUACAAGAGUGUAAUGCUAGAAACCUACAGUCACCUGCUGCUUCUGGGGAAGUGCGUUACCAAACCUGCUGUGAUUAUCAAGUUGGAGCAGGGAGCAGAGCCAUGGAUUAUAAAAGAGCCUCCAGACCAGAGACUCUCAGAUUUUAAAGCUUUUGAAGAUGAACACCAAAUACGUCAUCCAAGCAGGAACAAUUUUAUGAAGAACUUUCCUAUCGUCUACAAAACCGAGCCGGAAGUGAAAACUCUUGACUACGAUGACCAAUGGGAAGCUUCCUGUACAAUGUCUGCUGUUGCUGACCGCCUUCAGAUCACCCACACAACAGAAAAUCCUUGUGAAAAUUUCACUGUAGUCGACAGACAUCCUAACACUCACACGGUGGACGACCCUUACGAAUGUACUCAGCGCGGGGAUACAUUCUCACUAAAGAAAGACCUCAGGAGCCAUGAGAGAACUCACUCAGCAGAGAGACGCCAGGAAUGUGAAACCUGUGGGGAAGCUUUCGCCCAACUGUCAGCUCUCACCAAACACAAGAAAAGCCACACAGAUGAGAAAGCCCUUGAGUGUGACGUGUGCGGAAAGACCUUCAACUGGAAGUCAUCUUUCAUGGAUCACCAGAACACCCACACCGGAGAGAAGCCCUAUGAGUGUAGAAACUGCGAGAAGACCUUCUCCCUGAAGACGAGCCUCAGGAGGCAUCAGAAGACUCACACAGGGGAGAAACCCUUCGAGUGUGAAGCGUGCGAGAAGUCCUUCACCCUCAAGUCAUCUCUCCUGGAACACCAGAAGAUGCAUGCGGGAGAGAAGCCCCCUGAGUGUCACAGGUCCGAGGACUCCCCCGCCGUCUCCCGGAAGUCAGUGCCCAGCGAUCAUCAGAACGCUGACACAGGGGGGGUGAAAGUCUACGACUGUAAAGUGUGCGGGAAGACCUUCAACUGGAAAUCCUCUCUGACGGACCACCAGAACACCCACACGGGAGAGAAGCCCUAUAAGUGCAAAGACUGUGAGAAGGCCUUCUCCCUGAAGACCAGCCUCAGGAGGCAUCAGAGAACUCACACUGGACUGAAGCCCUUUGAGUGUGAAGUGUGCGGGAAAGCCUUCUCUCAGAAAGCACAUCUGACCGUCCACCAGAAAACCCACACGGGAGAGAAGCCCUUUGAGUGUGAUGUGUGCGGGAAGGCCUUCUACCAGAAGCUGUCGCUCAUUGAUCACCAGAGCGCCCACACGGGCGUGAAGCCCUACGAGUGCACUGCCUGUGGGAAGGCCUUCACCCGCAAGUCCACGCUGACGGAACAUCAGAAGACACACACGGGUGAGAAACUCUACCAGUGUCGGACCUGCGGGAAAGCUUUUGCCUCCAAGGUGUACCUGAGCUUGCAUCAGAAGACCCACUCGGGAGUGAAACCGCCUCAAGAAGGGAAAGCCUACGAGAAAGCCCUGUCUUCCAAGGGAAGCCCCAGGAUGUGCCCCAAAUCUUACACGAGGGUGAGACCCUACGACUGUAAGGUGUGUUGGAAAACCUUCAACUGGAAGUCAUCUCUCACGGACCAUCUGAACACCCACACGGGAGAGAGACCCUACAAAUGUGAAGAGUGCGGGAAAGGCUUCUCCCUGAAGACGAGCCUCAAAAGCCACCAGAGGACUCACACAGGGGAGAAGCCUUUUGAAUGCAAAGUGUGUGGGAAAGCCUUCUCCCAGAGAGCGCACCUGACCGUCCACCAGAAAACCCACACGGGAGAGAAACCCUUCGAGUGCGAAGUGUGCGGCAAGGCCUUCUCCCAGAAGACACACCUGACUGUCCACCAGAUUAUCCACACGGGAGUGAAGCCCUUCGAGUGUAAAGUGUGUGGGAAGGCCUUCACCCGGAAGUCGACCCUCCUCGAGCAUGAGAACAUCCAUGCGCGUGAGAAGGCCCACGAAUGCCAGGUGUGUAAGAAAACCUUCCCCUUCAAGGUAAACCUCAGAAAGCAUGAGAGAACUCACACUGAAGUGGACCUCCCCGGUUCGGGGAGAUAGUGGUCACGCAGAGGAACUCAUGCCUGAGGUACCACCAGUGCAGACACCAUGUCCCAGAGCUGAGCAGUGCUGUGGUUUAAAAAAAAAGAAAGGAAAGAAAAAAAAAAAACUAUAUAAAUGCAAAACACUUGGGAAAGCUGUCACCCCGAAGUCAACUCUCACCCAUCACCAGGAAAUCCACACAGGCGGGAAACCAUUUGAAUGGAAAUGGAUUGGGGACAGGGUGCCCUGUUAAGCACACAUUGUACUAAGUGCAAGGACCCGCACAAGGAUCCUGGUUCGAGCUCCCGGCUCCCUGCCUGCAGGGAGGACGCUUCACAAGUGGUGAAGCAGGUGUGCAGAUGUCUCUCUCUCUCUCUCUCCCCUUCUCUGUCUCUCCCUCCUCUCUUAGUUUCUCUCUGUCCUAUCCACAAAAUGGAAAAAAUGGCCACAGGAGUGGAUUUGUAGUGCCGGCACUGAGCCCCAGGAAUAACCCUGGAGGCAAACAAAACCAAGCAAAACAAAAAAUGAGAAAGCUUUCUCCCUUCAGGCAAGCCUCAGUCAGAAAGCAUCAAAGAACUCGCUGAGGAGAGAAAGCCUUUAUAGAAUGUGAAUCUUUUUGGGUGAGCCUCUCAGGAAGCAUAUUUCACCGAACAUCAGAACACCCACCUGAGAGCUAAGCCCUAUGACUGUAAGGCAUGUGUUAAGGACCUGGGUUCGAGCCUGUGGUCCCCAGUUGCUGUGGCAAAGUUUUGCGAGUGAUGAAGCAGUGCUGCAGGUCUCUCUCAUCUACCCCCUUCCCUCUCAAUUUCUGGCUGUCUCUAUUCAAUAAAUAAAGAUAAUUACAAAACAGCCAUCCAAAAAGAUCUGUGUACACAUAUGUUCUUGGCAGCACAAUUUGUAAUAGCCAAAACCUGGAAGCAACCCAGGUGUCCAACAACAGAUGAGUGGCUGAGCAAGUUGUGGUAUAUAUACACAAUGGAAUACUACUCAGCUGUAAAAAAUGGUGACUUCACCGUUUUCAGCCGAUCUUGGAUGGACCUUGAAAAACUCAUGUUGAGUGAAAUAAGUCAGAAACAGAAGGAUGAAUACGGGAUGAUCUCACUCUCAGGCCGAAGUUGAAAAACAAGAUUAGAAAACACAAGUCGAACCUGAAAUGGAAUUGGAGUAUUACACCAAAGUAAAAGACUCUGGGGUGGGUGGGUGGGUGGGGAGAAAAAAAAAAAAGUAGGAAAAAAAAAAAAAUAAAGAUAAUUAAAAAAUUUGAAAAAAAGUUCUAAGAAUGGAAGGCAUCCAGAGAUCAGCUUUCAUUC